GAGCUCCUCAGUUCGCAACAUCGGCCGCAUUCGCUACACUGGCUUUGUCUGCCGACCAGAAACUCACAGAGCAAAAUACCUAAAACGUGUUGUCGCCCACUUGGUUCCACUCCAACCUCAAAUAGCCGAAAAUGGCGCAGACCUUUAACAUGACCAGCGAGCAGCUGCAUGAGCUGAUCGAAGCGGUGCGGGUGUCCGCCGCAAGUGCCGCCGGAAACGCGGCCGCGGCCGGAGCAGCAGGCGCCCAGGGAGCCAAGGGCAAGGGCAGCUUCUCCGCCUGCACACACAGCUUCGGCGGAACCCGCGAUUACGACGUGGUCGAGGAGUUCAUCACCAAUAUCGUGACGUACAAGGAGCUGGAGGACAUUAGCGACGAGAACGCCCUCAAGGGCAUCUCGCUGCUGUUCUACGGCCUGGCCUCCACCUGGUGGCAGGGCGUCCGCAAGGAGGCCGCCACGUGGAACGACGCCAUCGGCCUCAUCCGCGAACACUUCUCGCCCACUAAGCCCGCCUACCAGGUCUACAUGGAGUUCUUCCAGAAGAAGCAGGAGGACCACGACCCCAUCGACACCUUCGUGGUGCACAAGCGAGCGCUGCUCGCCCAGCUGCCGGCCAAUCGGCACGACGAGCAGACCGAACUGGACCUGCUCUACGGCCUGCUAAACAUCAAGUACCGCAAGCACAUCGCCCGCCAGAGCGUCCAGUCCUUCAAGGAGCUGCUCGAGCAGGGCCGCAUCAUCGAGCACAACAACCAGGAGGACGAGGAGCUGACCGCCGCCACAAAGAAUGUGCGUGGCUCCCGUCGCACCAACCGCUGCACCUACUGCCACUUCCGGGGCCACACCUUCGACAACUGCCGCAAGCGGCAGAAGGAUCGGCAGGAGGAGAACCACGACGAGUAGGCGAUCAAGACACCACCCACAAAUCACAGAGGGGCACCAACGGCCACCAAAUGACAUCACCGGUGGCCCCGCCUCCCACUCCCCCACCCCCCAAACAUUCCAGAACUUUUCGUAGCCACACUGGCCGACCAACGUCAGCGAGAGCCCACCAACCGGAGAGAGAGGGAGCAGCAACAUGUACGACAGCAACACCAGCAGCAGCAGCAACAUCAGCAGCAGCAACAGCAACAUGUACAGCAGCAACAUACCAAUCUCUUCACACUCACUGGCAAAUGGCGUGCCGGUAAGCCUCGAUCAGCAUCUGAACCACAAAAAAUCACGCUGUUUCCAUUACUUCCACCCGAAAACGGCUCUACUUUCUUAUUACUUCACGCUGCCCUGCGGCUCUUUUGGCAAAGAACGCCAACCAUCCAACCAGCAAUUCAACCAAUUGCAACAUUGAUUUUGAACUCACAACUUGUACAAGCUAUGCUGCGAGAAUUAUUAGGCGGCGGCGACUGAGGAUCAGGCAUUUCGUCCACAAAAUCGCUUAUUUGCAAUGAAUGAAUGUGAAAUUCGAGCCAAGGUUUCGAAUUUUAUGUUUUGACAUUGCGACUGCGAAUGGAUGUUGCUUGAUCUUCAGUCGCCGCCCACUGCCCAAUGAUUCUCACAACCGCCGGCUCCACUUUGUGCCGCUCAGUGAAAGAUAAGUAGCGAUGUGUUGGCCACGAGGAGGGGUGAUCGUUAUGUUGAAAAAUGUGGUGAUCACCGCUUUAGUGACCAUUUUCCCUUAAUCUUUCGACUGAUCCAGGUCCUUUGUGAAGCUGGCAAAAAACCCCCCGUCCGGUGAUCGCCCGCUUAGAUCCUUUUGCAUGUGACAUCGACAGCCCCGAGGGGCGGCGCCGCCCACUUCCGGCUGCAGCUUCGGCUACUUUCGGUGGUGGGUGUCGUAUAACCCCCCGCGAUGUCUCUGGUGCGAGUGGAGCUACAGCGGGCGCGAACCGGGCAAAAACUAAAUUUCUACGGAAAUUUAAAAAACCAACCAACUUUUUUUGACUUUUGUCAAAAUACUUCGUUAACACAUAGCACUACGAUGGCUCCCGAAUCGCCAUCCGUGCGGUUGGCACGUCAAAUUGUCCCAUUCGGGAUCACGGGUGUAGGGCUGUUUAUCAUUUCACCCCUGCGAUUCCGCGACAAGCUUGAGGCACGCCAGUACCCAUCACAAAAACCACAACGAACCCGGGCUGGGACUCGUCGCUGCCGCGCCCCUCCAGCCGGCAAAGACUCUCCCCGCCCCCCCAUGCAAAACCAGCUUCUUGUGCAGAUGACAUAGGCGCGCACAGCCAUCCGACCCGGGAUUUGCCCGGACCAUGGUGGCCAGACUCGCAGCGUGCGCCAUCAAACGGAGACGUGGCCACAAGCACAUCAAGAGUCCUGCCCGCAAUCCUCACAACGUAACCAAGAGUGGGGG